GGCCUUGGUACCGGCGGCCUCGGCCUUGGAGAGGUUCUCAACUUGGCAGAGUGCAAAUCCUCUAUACGUACCCUUGUGCGGAGGCGCCUACCAAAAGCCAAGUAGAUGAGAUCAUUUCAUGCUCUUUUUUUGGAAGAGGUGGUCAAAGGAAAUGGAUAGCUAUUCAGACUUCAAUGCAAAGAACCUCUCAUCUUCAGCUAAUAUGUCUAUUUCUUUGCCUGGACAAGUUGGACUGAAUACCACCGGCGGUACUCCUUCUAUGUCAAUAAGUAGGCUUUUCCCAGCCCUGUUAGAAUGCUUUGGAAUAAUUCUUUGUGGCUACAUAGCUGGAAGAGCCAACAUUAUCACAUCAUCUCAGGCCAAAGGACUAGGAAAUUUUGUGUCCCGUUUUGCACUCCCAGCUCUACUGUUCAAAAACAUGGUGGUACUUAACUUUUCUAAUGUGAAUUGGUCCUUCCUGUACAGUAUUUUAGUUGCCAAAGCUGCUGUGUUUUUCUUAGUCUGCAUUUUAACAUUGUUGGUAGCCAGUCCUGAGAAUCGAUUUAGCAAAGCAGGUUUGUUCCCUAUUUUUGCUACACAAAGCAAUGACUUUGCACUGGGAUAUCCAAUAGUUGAAGCUUUAUACCAAACCACUUACCCAGAAUAUCUCCAGUACAUUUACCUAGUGGCUCCAAUAUCUCUUAUGAUGCUAAACCCUCUGGGGUUUAUCUUCUGUGAAAUCCAGAAGUGGAGGGAUAAUCGCACUGUGUCACACAGCAAAAUCAAAAUAGUGGGCCUAGCACUCCUUCGAGUUUUGCAGAACCCAAUUGUAUUCAUGGUCUUCAUAGGAAUUGCCUCAAACUUUAUUCUUGGCCAGAAAAUUCCCGAAUACCUUGAAAACUUCCUUGACGGACUGGGCAGUUCAUUUUCCGGCUCCGCACUUUUUUACCUUGGACUAACUAUGGUGGGACAAACAAAAAAACUGACAAAGGGUAUGUUUGUUGCACUGAUCCUUCUCAUCACAGCUAAACUACUUAUGAUGCCAUUUCUCUGUAGAGAAAUGGUAGAACUCUUGGACAAGAGUGACAGCAUAGUCAACCACACGAGUUUAUCAAACUAUGCCUUUCUUUACGGAGUUUUUCCGUCAGCACCUGGUGUCGCAAUAUUUGCAAGUCAAUUUAAUAUGGAAGUAGGAAUUAUUACCUCAGGCAUGGUGAUAAGCACUUUUGUGUCUGCACCUAUUAUGUAUGUUUCUGCGUGGCUGUUGACCAUUCCAUCUAUGGACCCCAACCCACUGGCAUCUGCACUCCAGAAUGUUAGCUUUGACAUAAGUGUUGUCAGCCUCAUUUCUCUGAUCUGGUCUCUUAUUGUUGUUCUUCUGAGUAAGAAAUACAAACAGCUUCCUCAUAUGAUUACAACAAAUCUACUUGUUGCUCAGUUUAUUGCUUGCAUUGGAAUGGUGGUAUGGAAUUUCAUUGUUAAAGAAAAAGACAUCACCAUGCAGAUCCUAGUAUUUAUAUUCCUCUACAGCUCACUUUAUAGCACCUACCUGUGGACAGGUUUUCUAUCUUUCUCUUUGUUUCUGUUGAGGAAGAGAGAAACAGUAAAGAUUCCCAUUGGGUUUAUUAUCAUAGCUGGAUGGGGAGUCCCAACACUUCUGGUGGGAAUCUUGCUAAUUGUUGGUGAACAUAACAACACUAGUAUUGACUCUGCCUUUUUCUAUGGAAAAUAUCAGAUAAUUACCACAGCAGUGAUCCUGUUCAUUAGUAUAUUGAUGUCAGGUUUCUCACUUAUGUGCAUGAACAGAAAUAGGCAAGAGUCAAGCUAUGAGGUAUUGAACCCAUAUUCACCACGUAGCCAAGUGGAGGAGGUUGAAGUGGAAGGGAAUGAGGGGAAUCAAGUUUCAGCCACUGUACCUCAGCCUUCUGUAGGAUCUUCUGCACAGCCUUCUCCAGGAUCUUCUGCACAGCCAUCUGCAGAAAGAGGUUGCUGUUCUUGUCAAACAACAAAUGGUGAAUUAUCCUGCGCUAGAGAGAGCAAAGCAGUGUCAAAUGCUGCUGAAAGCAAGGUUCCUCCAAUUGAGGCAGCUGAUCAGUGUGUGAAUCAUUGCAGUGCUCAAACCUGCGUGUUGGCUCAGGAAGAACAGCUUCUACAGACCAGAGACAAACAGCUGGCCAGACAUGUGUUGCUGUGCUUACUUCUUAUUGUUGGCCUGUUUGCUAAUCUUUCCAGUUGUUUAUGGUGGCUGUUCAACCAAGAGCCUGGAAGGCUAUAUGUGGAAUUGCAGUUCUUCUGUGCUGUGUUUAAUUUUGGUCAGGGCUUCAUUUGCUUUGGUAUUUUUGGCUUAGAUAAGCAUUUAAUCAUUCUACCAUUCAAGCGAAGACUUGAAUUUUUCUGGGGAGGAAGAGAAGCAGCAGGGCAUACAGAUCCCUCUGUACCUGAGGAAAUCAGGAUGACCUGUCAACAAUUUGUUCGUUAUCAUAGAGAUCACUGUGUCAAAAGUAUUGUCAAAGGCAGAAGGUGUGGUGCAAAGAUCUCCACUGGCAUCUUCUUUGGCUGUGACCUGGUGAACUGGCUCAUGCAAGUUGGCCUUGCCUCUGACCGUGGUGAAGCUGUGAUGUAUGGAGACAGACUGAUGAAAGGAGGCAUCGUCCAGCAUAUUACGAAUGAAUUUGAAUUUCGGGAUGAAUAUUUGUAUUACCGCUUCAUUCCUAAGAGAUCAGUUGCAGUUGAGAGCCAUUGACCUGAGCAUGUAGGCAGAGGACAGGCAGUUAGGGGUGAGUGUGACCACCUCCUCUGCCUUCACCACUGAAAUUGGAAGUAUUUCUUUCUCAGGGCUCUCAGAGGAUUGUGUUACUCUCUCUUGUAAACUUAAGAGAUGUGGUUCUACUUGUAUCUAUUCUGAAGGAAAUGGUAGCAGUGAUAUUUAGUGAGUGUUCCAACCAGAAUGCAACUAGAACAAAAAAGAUGCUCUGGAUUUAGAGCAUUUUUCCAUUUUGAGCAAAACAAAUAGUAAAAUGAUAUGUGUCACUGUCGUAUUAUAGAGGCGUUGUAAGAGCAGCUUUAGUGACUGGUGCCACAAUGAAAAAAAACCAUGAAUAAGAGUUAUUUUUCAUGUUGCUGUAUGUUUUCCAUAUUUUAGUGUGAUGAAAUAUUGAUUCCUGUUUACGGUCAGGCUUCCUUCAUAGAAGUAGGAUUUCUUCUAUCAUACCCCAGUUUUUACUACUCUACUCUUGUCUAACACCAGGAAGUUUUUCUAGCUAUUUACACCUCAGAUCAGGUGGUUUGUUUCUCCCUUAAACAUAAAAUCCUCCAUUUGUAAAAGUAGAAUUAUUGUGAGGGUGAUUCUGAUGUCAGAGGAUUAAAGCUGAGGAAAUAUUGAGUGGACUAAAUAACGGGUUUGUACAAACUUACCAAAUCUUAAAAACAUAUAAAAAUACCCACCGAUUCCCCAAAUUAGGAAAUUAUAUAAUGGAUUUUCAUAUAAACAAUUGGUUCUGAAGUUUUGCCUUAUGGUGGUAGUAACAGCUUUGUCAAGAGUAGAUUUUUACCUUCUGAAAUUAGCCUUUCCAGUUGAAUUCAGAAGUGCCAGCCUCAAAUAAAGAUGUUAUGGAAGCCUUGGAUACCUGUGCAAGUUAAGACAAAAAAUUUAUGAAAUCAUAAAACCUUUUAAAUGAAAUACAAUGACUUUUAAACCUAUUAUAUGAAGAAUCCUAACUGAAUAUCCAAGUUAGGGUUUAGAGUAGCUAAAGAUCCUAAAAUUUUAGUAUUGGUUGCCCAACACAGGCUUCUAAUAAGCCUCAGGUAUCCUCCUACGAUGUUUAAAUAGUUACUCCAGUGUCAUUCAGAUUCUUGUGCACUGAAGGCAGAAUCUGAGAAUCUGUGUGUCUUCUGCAGUGUUUUGAAAAGGUUAAAGAUAAACUGUAGUAUCUGAUAGCCAUUAUGCUGCCCUUUUAAAACUGCAAGAAUAGCGUCUAUAUAUGUCUGUAUAAAAAUUUUAUAUAGUGAGGGAAAGGAACCCAGGUAUUAAAAAAAAAAAAUUUGCUCAAGCAUAUGAAUAACUCUUCUUACCCCUUUUUUAAAAAAGUCUUUCCCUUCUUUUUUCUUUUUCUUUUUAGUACACAGAUUUUUAUUAUAGCUACUUAUGCAUCUACUUUGUACUAAGAAUUAAAAGUGAUUUUAGCAGCAUAAACUACUGUUCAGGAACCAGUUGUUUUAUGGUAGCUAUAACUCCAUGCAAGACUUAUAUUGGAAAAAUAAUUCCUUUUACUGCCAGUCUUAUUGCACUUCUGCAGUGUGCACAGAAACAUAACUGCAUCCUACUGCAUAUGUAUGCUAUACCAACUGACAUAUUUUAAUGUUUUCCAGCAACAAAAUAAUGGACAUUUGUAUCAGGCUGUGGCCACGAAGGAAAACAAUAGCAUAUUUCCAUUACAACUGCUGAAAGAUGGCUACAUCAAAUAUUUUGGAAUAAUUAGAUAUAUGUGACUUAAGAGCAGAAGCCAUGAGUAUGUCUGGCUUCUAAAUACUGUAACUUGUCAAUAAAUCUGUUACUUGA